GCAGCAGCGACAUUUCUUCUUCUCUGCAUCGACACAAAGCAGCGCAACAAUAAUCAAUAAAUCAGAGACACAUAAAGACACAUUCCUCUUGUUUUUUAAAGCUCUUUCAGCCUCUUUGAGACUCUCUCCUGUUUGUGAUUCUCUGGUUCUCUGCAGUGCUGUUGUUGGGCUCACACCUCUGCAGCUCCUGCAGCACGAUGCUCAUCAGCCUGCAGCUCCCUGUCCACUAGCAGCAGAGCGCCGCCUUCAGCUUCUCUUCAACACCUUUCUCCGUCUCGCCGUUUCAUGGCCAGCAGCAUGGAGGCGUCCCAGCAGCCCGAACAGCCAAUCAGCACGCAGCAGGCAGGAGAGGCCGACCACGGCGCCGUCACCUCUCAACCCACCGGCGCAGAGCAAGAAGCCCCGCCCACUACCACAGACGCUGGUGCUAAUCAAACGGAGGAAAUGGACCACCUGACAGUGAUCACUGAUAACAUGGAGACCAGUAACGGCGUCGGUCCUGUGCUGGUGGACUCCCCCACAGUGUCCUCUGUGUCGCCCGUUCUUCACGGUAAGCCUGGCGGUCACGCCAACGGCCGGCCUGGUCUGAGCAGCCGGUCCGGCUCGCUGGCGGCGGGCUCCCCCCGGCCCUCGCUCAGCCGUCGUCCCAGCACCAUGCCAGAGGUGGCUCAGGAUGGCUCCAAGCCCCGGGACUACCUGCUGCUCGCCAUCCUGUCCUGCUUCUGUCCGCUGUGGCCAAUCAACAUCGUCGCGCUCACUUUCUCCGUGAUGUCCCGGAACAGUCUGCAGCAGGGCAACUUGGACGGUGCUCGCCGUUUGGGCCGCAACGCCAUGGUUCUGUCCAUCGUGUCCAUCCUGGGAGGCAUCGUCAUCAUCACGGCAGCCAUCGUCCUCAACUGGGGACUGAUUUUAAAAUCCUGAUUGAAACCGCCUGGAAACAGCGACACCGACUUCACGACCGACACGACACCGUUUCCCCUCCGACCUCCUGAAGCACUCCCAUUCUCAAGCGCCUGCACCGGAUGAAAAAUCUGUUCCUGUUCUUUGCUGUUGUUUCUUGCUGCACGACGAGCAUGGUCCGCUCUACCUCCGACUCCCGACGCCGACCCCUGAUCUGGACUCCGAUUGGGAGAAAAGGAAGGAUCACACGAUGCUCAUUUCAUUCUGUGGUAGCAGCUGAUCUCCUGGUCAGAGAUGAACAAGGGCCGUCAUGGAAAAGGGAUUAUCUGACCUCUGAAUGAGUCUCCAGUGAUGAUGCAAACUGUGGGUGGACGUGGUUUCCACUCUUUGAUGCCAAAUAAUAGAAACUUGGUGUUGAGCUGAACUGAAACUGGGAGAUGCUGCUGCUGCUGAUAGUUCAACAUGGAGACGAACGUUCUUUGUACCGUGAGAGUGACUUGUUUUUCAUCGUCCAGCUGUUCCUGCUGGUGGACACACUCCUGCUGCUGCUGCAUGGUGCCACAGAGAGCUCAGUCCUCACGUCACGUCUCACAAGCUGUGGAAUCUUCCUCAGUAUUCAUUUCAUCUUUCUAUCUGAAAUAAAAAAAAUGAAGCAUGUUCCUGCAGAUAAAUCAGCUGCACUACAGCAGCCGGUACGAUAAAAUGUUCCGUGAAGUUACAGAGUUUAACAACGAUGACUCGGGCAAGGAAAAAAAACUUCCUAACUUGGUCUAAUCCAUGUCUGUAAAACUCACCGAAGCUUCAUUCAAAACUCCACUUCUUCAGCUGCUGUUUAAGGUUCAGGUCAGCCUCCAGCUGGGAGCACCUUGUCCAUCCUUUAGAGGGCAGACGGACCCUAUUAUAACUCUUUAUUAUUGAAUAUUAUAGAUCCAAACGGUUGUGACUCUACGAAAAAACGUUUAAAUAGCGGACAACACAAAACACAAACUGCUGGUACCAACUAAACUAAUGGGAGAAAACCUGAACAAACCGACCGAAGCUCCAGGCUUCACACCCAACACCUCAUUAAAUCCACUUGUAUAAUCUAAUAUGAUCCAAUACAACGUCCCCAACCAUAAAUUCUGCCUUUACGAAAAUAAAAAAUAGCAUUAAGUUUUGAUUGGCACUGUCAGAGAGUUAUUAAUCUCACUACCUUUACUACUAUCUUUAUUAUCAAGGUUGUAGUUUGCAGGAGUUUUGAACUGGAGUUCAUUAGAGAAAUUAGUAUUUCGGAUCAGAUCAACAGCACCAGUGUGGGUAGGACUAAAGCUGCAAUAAAUGCGUUUAAAAAACAGCUUUAAAACUAAAGUAUUAAAGCCAAAACUAAAACUCUGGUGCAGACCAAAACAACCAAUCUACACAGAGCGACAGAUUCAACACGAUGGGAGAGGACUGAAGUCUGCUGGGUUUGGUUUGGUGAACACCAGAGCAGAUUACGGCUGCUAGAACCAAGCGGACUCAGUUUGCGCUCGGUUCCGUGUCGAUUUGUUUAUUUCUGUGUUUACAUUCUUCACCGCCAACUUUCCAACCAAUACGAAAUAAAACGUGUGAGUAGCUUUCAGCCCUCCACCUUCGUACAUGCCCCUCUGCAAAUCUUUUGUUUUUAUCUGAUCAAUUUCACUCUGAUUCAGACAACCCAGACUGGAGCUGUGAGGUUGCGAUGCCCACCAACUGUUACCAUGGUGCAGUCAUGUAACCCUCUCCUCAUUAGCAUAAUGAGCAUACAUUAUGUAAAAAACAAGUCAAAAUCAGGCAAAAAAUUGGCAUAGAAAGGUGAUAAGGUUAAUAUCUUAAUGAAUCUGUUUGUAGUACUUGUCUGUUUGGCUCCAGUGGAAACAUUUCAACUAAUUUUCCCUUAAUUUAAACUAAUUAUAUUAAUGAGGAAAAGAAGAGAUUCAUUUCUGGACAUAAAAAUUGACUUUUAGAUCAGAUCAGAGUCGUUUCCAGGCCCUUAAUUAUCUUGUUAUAGUAAUUACUAUAAUUACCCGAGACGCAGCUCUCAUACAGACGUUUAUCUCCUCUGCUGAGCUUUUACGUGACAUUUCCAUCAUUAAAGUUCACAGGAACCAGCAGGUUCUCCGGCAGACUGAAGCUGAUGGUGUCCGGUUGGUUGAUUAACAGCUUCAUCCGUCCUCAGAUGAACCUGUCAUCAGGCUCAUCUCGUCCACUCAGCGUUUCCUCAGCUUGAAGCUGCGCCAAACACUCAGAGAGCCAACCUGCAGGAACAGCCUCCCUUUCUUUGAGUGUGUGUGUGUGUGUGUGUGUGUGUGUGUGUGUGUGUGUGUGUGACAGAUCGUUUUGGGGGAACUUUGAGAAAAAUAAGCUGUUGUUCUAGAACUAAACUAACUCCUAUAACCCGUGCAUGUUUACAGUAUUUAUAUCCGAAUGCUUUUCUCAGACUGUAGCCUCACUUAACAGCACAGCUAACUGAGUAGCACUUUGUAAAUAAAUUAUAUGAGGAAUUGUAACUUGUCUGCCCGGAGAAGACGUCCUGUCGCUGCCCGAUCUGCACAGGAAACCUGUUUCACUCUGCUUCCUGCCUCCAGUCUCUGGGGUCUCAAUACAGUCACGAUAUCGUCUGGUUUAAUAGUUCUGAAAUAGAAGAGUGAGAAUGUUUUUAUUUAUUGUUAAGAUUAUCUAAAAUCUGGAGCGAAUGAAAAAGCUCCAGGUAGAACCGGAACCCGGUUUAUUUAAUUCUGCAGUUUAAAUAAAAAAUAAUGUUAUUGUUGGUUUUAAUAGUUAAGAAACUGAUGAUUUAAAUGUUAAAUAUACAUUUCUCUUGCUUUUGUAAAGAAUGUCUAAAAUAUGGAGCUAAUAAGCUAGAGAAACAUAGAACAAAGACCCAAUUUCUCCCUAAACACUUUCCCUUAUUUUGGUUAAAAUAAAAUAAAUAUGAAAUAUGAAGCUAUUUUCAAAGUUUUUCUUCUUUUGUAAAUUAUGUAUCAAAUUUAGAGCCAAUACAAUAAAAAUACACUUUCCUUCUAUUACUCCUUUUCCCCCAAUUUUGGGAAAAAAAUUCUAAUAUAUGUAGCUAAUUUCAACGACUGUCCCAAAUUUAGAGCCAAUAAAGUAAAGAAUAUUUUUUUCCCAAUUAAAUAAAGGCGUUUUUUGUCUCAGUUAUGGAGAUAAUUCCAUCAUCCAUUAACAAAACUGUGAAAAUGCUUGAAAAAAGGUCUUCUGACGGUGGGACAAACAGAUCGGGUUACUGGGACGGAUCGGGCAGAUCUGACGCGUGACGUAACUGACCAACGGAAAAAACUCACCGCCACAAAUGCACGAGUGUUUUCUAAAGCGUGGAUGAGACGGCAUCUCUGUGUGGAGGUGAGCUCAGCGAGACAGCUCGCCGCUCUGGACUGUAUGUAGCAUGCUGUUUACUAAUCACAUUAUGCAAAACAAGCUCGAUGUCAGUACGAAUGCUCGCUUCUCCGAGUCGUGCUCCGGCGGACUCGGACACGGUUGUGUUUGGACUUUGCUUGCGCUACCUCUCAGAGCUGCUCAGUGUUUCUACCACCUCACGUUUGUUCCACUCUGAUGGUUUUAACUGACUGUUAAAUCUCUAUCGUUUGCUCUGUUGUGUUUCCACUUUUACUAACUGUGAUUUUUAACGUGCAGGGUUUGAAUUGUGAACACAGAGUUUAACU